UGUGCUGUGUCCCUCGGACACAGCGGAUCACCGAUCAAUGUAAAGAGCCGAAGACAUCGGCUCGGUCAUGUGAUCAGCUGUGUCCAAUCACAGCUGAUCACAUGGAACUGAUGAUCAGUGUGCCCUGAUGAUCAGUGUAGCCCCAGCAGUGUCAUCUGUCAGUGCCCAUCAAUGCCAGCUGUCAGUGCUCAUCAAUGCCACCUGCCAGUGCCCAUCAGUGCCACAUCAAUUCCACAUAUCAGUGCCUACCAGUGCACAUCAAUGCUACAUAUCAGUGCCCAUCUGAACUGCCUUUCAGUGCCACCUAUCAGUGCCAGUCAGUGCCACCUAUAAGUGCCAGCCAGUGCCGCUUAUCAGUGCACAUCAGUGCCGCCUAUCAGUGCCUAUCACUG